AGCCACGCCACGUGCGGCGAGGCUAACGAAAGUACUUCCUUGCCUGGAAAGUAGUCCUAGCAGAGCCUUUGGCUUGCUGCUGCUGUUUUUUGUUUCGUUGUUUGGUAUAGAGCUACCGCUUUCCGAGCUGGGCACCAUGGGAAAGGAUGAUCAAGGCGCGGGUGACCCGCUCGACAACGUGCUCUAGUGCAGCGGCUUACGUCGGCUCAGCGUGUGGCCGUGGUUCAAAGCAGUUGCCAGCUUGUUGCUGACCGAGCGUCAAGGUUUGCCUCCUGGCGCACCUGUAAAGGAACACAGGAACGCUAGGCUAGGGAUUAGAUACUCAACAACAGCUGCUCCCUUUCACCCGUCUUUGCUGGGUACGACGACAGCUGGUCGCUUUUGCCCGUCAAACCCUCUGCAUGAUUACAGCUGCUCGCUUAAUCCGUAUGUUGCUCUGCAUGCUUGCUGACUUCCGGUGUUUCUGUAUAUGAUAACCCGCUGUAGUGACGUGCACCUUCCAAAUGGCCAUGGUGCGGACGCGGUGUCCUUUGUUCGGCGAGCCACCCCAGAAGACGGCCCCAUGCUGCGCGCCGCCGAACAGCGCCUCAAACAGUUUGUGCUGAGCGAUGCUGAAGUAGCUCCUGCAGCAAACAGCGACAGCCACCAACGGCUGCACGUUGCCGGCGGCCAUCAUGGCGACCCCGUCCGUGCGUGGGUCACCACAAUCGAUUCCAUCACCGGAGCCAGCACGGACAUUCACCUGCGCCCUGGAACCGCGCCGCCGUACGUACACAUGGCGACGCCGCCUACACCCGAGCAGACGAUCCAGCUCUUCACGCUGUCAGCAGAACAGGGCGUAGCGUUCUUGCUUAUCCACCGCGCAUUCAUGGCUGACAUCCAGCACCAACCGCAGCCGCCGCUGCACCUCAUGGUGGUGGGCGGUCCGGGUACUGGCAAGAGCCAGACCAUUAAGGCCGCUCUGUGGCACAUCUUCCAGCACGGGCACCGCGAUUGGCUAGCCACAACCGCUUACACCUGGUGCGCGGUGAUCACGGUCAACACUCCCUACCACCGGGGGCUGUCGACCAGCACCAUGUUCCAAUUGGGAUGGGGCCGAGGUCGUCAGCAACAAUCCUCACGCGCUGGCGAACAGGUACGAAAGAAUGUUCCCGGAGGUGCCGUAUCCUUCGAUGAGCUUAGCUUCCUAAGCCUGCAGCACCUAGGGCAGAUCAACGCAUCGGCCAGCAGGCACCUCUAGCGACCUCCCCACCUGUCCCGGAGUGGUGCCGGCUACAGCAUGCUUGCUGGUCGGCACGUCAUCAUGUCCGGCGACAUCCUUCAGCACAGGCCGCCCAACGGCAGGCCACUUUACACGUUUGCAGAGGGCCUGGAGAAGGACCGCAACUACCUCGCUCGGCUUCGAAGCGGCGACACCACAGCCCCACGCGGAAUCCCGCCGCUGCCAAAACAGAAGAAGCCCAGGCCGCCCACCCGUGAAGAAGAGGCUGGCCUGGACUUCUACCGCGCCAUCGCUUUCAUUAUACUGCUCUCCAAGCAGCAACGCCAGGACGACACGCCAAGCGGCCGCCUGCUAACACGGCUAGCAAGUGUAUUCAGCGGCGGCCAGGAUGUCAACCGGAGAACGAUCGAAGAGCUCGUCCGCCAGUUGAAUAGCCGCGUCGUACCCGACCUGGCUGCUCUCGGUUCCAGCGACCCACGGGUCGUCCUGCAGCGAAACCAACCCCGGCACGGCCUCAACAUCCGUCUCAUCAAGCUGCAAGCAGCACACCAGGGGAGGCGGCUGGUCGUGUGGAAGGCGCGUCACGCUCGUACGGGGCACAACGCACUCCCGCUCAAUGAAGCAGGCCAGCGCGCCGCUUCUAUGGCGCCUGACGAGGGCUAUGAACAGUUCACGCCUGACACCUGGUACUUCGAGGGCGCCAAAUUCCUCGUCCUGGACAAUAAUGGCCCUGAUGCCGGCAGUUGCCACAACAACACUGUGGUGACGUGCGGCCUGUUGACGGACAAGGAGGAGCCAGAUGACACGGGAGAGGGACCUUACAGGCGCCUGCAGUUCGUCCCCCGUGCGGUAUUCGUACGGCCCGCUGCCGGGAACACCGACCUCUCCGUCCUUCGCGGCCUGCUUGACUACGACGAGACUCGUGCCGCCUUUGUGGUUACCCCACGGUGGAGCGGCGCCCAAAAGGUGGUAUUCCCUGACCGUACGGUUGUCAGCGAUGGUGAGCCCGCUGUCAACUCGGCCAGCCUCAAGCGCUUUAAC